AUGGACAGACCGAACCUAUUUCAAGUCAUUUUGGGUCUCCUCGAGCCCUGGCAAUUCAUGCUAGUCGCUUGCUCCUAUAUCCCCUCCACUAUCUCCCAUCUCUACGCCACCUCCAGUCUUUCCUCCCUCUUAUCCUGGGAUGCUUUCCAAAGUGCCUGGUUCAGCAAAUUCUGGGCCUGGGCCGGUCCACGCAUCCGCGAAGGCAAUGGGCCGCGCAUCACUGCUUUACUCGAAGGAAGAGUCACCGGCGCUCAGGUUGUUGAUGAGGUGGUGGGUGAGCCGAUUAGCGGGGUAGUGUUCGAUAUCGGCCCAGGCUUGGGAUAUUGGGUCGACUUGUACGCCCGAACAGAUGUACCCAUCAAUGACGCAAGUGACAAUGUGAGGCAAAGAGGUGGAAAAAGCAAAGGCAUCACAAAGGUUUAUGGCGUCGAGCCCAACGCGCAGUCACACCCUGGACUCCGAAAGCGCGCGAACGCGGCAGGACUUGAUGGCGUGUAUGAGAUUUUGCCGGUGGGCAUAGAAGAUAUUGCCGGAGAGACGGUUGUGAAGAAGGGGAGUGUGGAUGCAAUUGUCUCGCUGCUCUGCCUGUGCAGCAUUCCCGAGCCAGAGAAGAACAUCAAAGAACUACACAGUUAUCUGAAACCAGGCGGUAGAUGGUAUCUCUACGAGCAUGUGGUCGUCAAGGGCUAUGGGCCGAUGCAACUGUACCAAAGAUUCGUCAACUUGUUCUGGCCACAUGCACUUGGCGGUUGCCAAUUGUGCAGGGAUACUGAGAAGACGCUGCGCGAAGCUGGGCCGUGGUCGAAGGUGGAUCUCAAGCAGCCGCCCAUAGAACCGUGGCAUGCAGUCGUUCCGCAUAUCUUCGGAACAUUGACGAAGUAG